AUGCCUCCUCAAAUCAUCGAUCUUGUCUCUGACGACGAUGAGGAUCUUGGUGCGCCGUCCAGUUCAACCGCAAGGAGGGAGAUUACGGAUCUGGGAUCAAGUCACGGUACCACCCCCGGCGGCGGCGGCGGCAGCAGCAGCAGCAGCAGACAAAAUGUCACAAACACCAGCCGAGGAAGCCAGCGCGAGACGAUUGAUCCAGCCACCCUGACCUGGAACACGUAUGGGAACGCGCACAACCGUCACCGAGACAAAUCGAGAAGCUCCACCAUCAGCAGCCACACCGAACGCGGCAGCCCCAGCGAGGAGCCAGCACGUCCGACUACUGCGCGAAGAGAAAACGGCAAAGGCAAGCAGCGCGAGGUUGAAAUCCCUGAAAUCGACCUGUCUCGGGUCGAUUCCGACAUGGAUGAUUAUGACGGCAACAGCGGUGGUGGUGGUGAAAAGGGCCUCUCCGGUCAUGGUGACGGCGGAGUGGUUCUAUGCUGUGAUAAUGGCGAGCUCAGCGAGGAGGAGGCGCUGCGGCGAGCCAUUGCACUGUCGCUCCAAGAUCAGACGCCUCGUCGUAAGUCUAAUGAAGACGGUGGCGCAGGUGCGAACACUUCUUCGACCCCUUCGGCAGGCAAAGCAAAAGCGAAGGUGAAAUCACCAGCCGGACCUCUGGUAGACGUUGGUGGCUCCGCGAGGAGAAGACGGGCAGACGAGCCAAUGCCGGAAGCACCGGACAAUCGAGUCAUUUCCCUCUCACCGUCCCCCACUCGCCGUCUCCCUCAAUACUCGCACACCACGACAAGGGGGCCUCUACUGUCACCGGGAUCGACCCCGACACCACCAUCACCGCCUCCGGCUUCCACAGAGGACCAAGCUCAUCUCAGCCCCACGACCACAGACGCACAGGAUGUAUCGAGCGCCGGCCCCAGCGCCGGCCCCGGCACGUUCAGCCUGGCGAAUCUCGACCGGCGACGGAUGGAAGCGGAGCGCCUGGCGCGCCGGAAGCGGAAGCUGGAGGAAGAAGAGUCGCAGGACGGUGCUGCGCAGCGGGGAGGCGAGGGCCGCAGUUCCAAAGCCGUCAAGCUCAGCCAGCCCGCGACAGCGACUCGAACGGGCGCGGGGAUCGGAGAAGCGCCGUCGACUCAACAGAACCCGACACACGACCUACAUGGCCACAGCGACGGAUCAGGACACCGGCUACAAUUGCCCGAGAGGAACAAUAGGGCGACAGCGCAAGCAGCAGAUGGAAGCUCCAAGACUGGACAGCGCGCGGGAGGGGCUGCUGGAUCCGCGUCGUCCGGUGUCAAAGCUGGGAUUUCUGCCACCGGCAAUCGCAAGGACAAGAGUAGCGAUGUUGUAUCACCUCCUACGAACUCUACAGCGUCUAAUCCCACGCCUGUCAAUCCACCUUGUAUCCAGAUCGACGAUGACGAUGCGGGUGAUGGCCACGACAACAACACUCGCACCACCCGCAAAGACACGACGGCCGCCGCCGCCAGCAGCAGUUUCAAUGGUAACAACAGCGCCGCAAACCUCUAUCACGACGGCAUCACCCUCAAGACAUACGCCGCCGGCCACCCGUCCGCGGGGACCAUCACGUUUGAGCGCGUUGUAUCCCCCUCGUCGCAGCUGGAGUCGUGCCUCCUGUCCUCCUUCAUCUGGAACCUGGACUGGCUGCUGCCGCACUUUGAGACGCGGCGCACCAAGUUCCAGCUGGUCAUGCAGGCCAAGGACGCGGCCGAGAGGCAGGCCGUCGAGAGAGAUUUUCAGGGGGUGCCGAACGUGAGGCUGACUUUCCCGCCCAUGGGAGGCAACGUUAGCUGCAUGCACAGCAAGCUCAUGCUGUUGUUUUACAAGGACGAGGAACAGGGGAGGGAGCAAACGAAGAAUACAACAGCAGCAGUAGCAUCGGCGAUGGGCAAAAAGGGGCCAGUUGACAGUGGUGGGCAGGAGUGCGGCAGCCAGAGAAGAAGAUGCCGCAUCGUGGUUCCUACGGCUAAUCUCGUCAACUUUGACUGGGGCGUUGGCGGCUUCAUGGAGAACACAGUGUGGCUGAUUGACUUGCCGGCCAAAUCAGCCUCUGACGCGGCGAACUCGUCAUCGUGGCAUGGUGCGACAACAUCCGCAGCACUACCACCUGCGGCAGACUGCCAGACAUUGUUCGAAAAGUCGCUCAAGGAGUUCCUCAGAGCCCAAACCGUGCCCGACGACGUGGUCCGCAAGCUGGACCUGUUCGACUUCCGCAAGACCGAACGCUACGGCUUUGUCCACUCCAUCGGCGGCAUGCACGGCGGGCAAGCAUGGCAGGCCACUGGUCUCUGCGGGCUCGGUGCCACCAUCACCGCCCUUGGCUUGGCCAGUCGAGGACCCAUUCACAUGGACUACGUGUCCUCGUCAAUAGGCAGCCUGAACGACGAAUUCUUGAGGUCCAUCCACCUCGCUGCCUCCGGCGACAAUGGCCUAACGGAGUACAACAGACGGGUGGACAAAAGGGGUCCCGUCAAACAGGGCAGCUGGAAGGAAAAUUUUCGCCUCUACUUUCCAAGCGACAACACGGUCCGGACAUCGAAAGGAGGCCCUCGCAAUGCGGGAACAAUCUGCUUCUCCCUCGCAUGGUGGAACAAUCCAAAGUUUCCCCGGUCUAAUAUGUACGAUUGUGUUAGUGUUCGCGAGGGUUUACUCAUGCACAACAAGCUGCUGUUCGUCAGAUAUGCUUCACCGGUCGAAAAGUCUCAAUCAGGAAAUAUUGGAUGGGUGUAUGUGGGUAGUGCGAAUCUCUCUGAAAGUGCUUGGGGUCGACUGGUUCAGGACAGGACCACCAAGAAGCCUAGACUUAACUGCAGAAACUGGGAAUGCGGAGUCAUUAUCCCAAUCCCUGCAACGAGAGGAAGUUCAGGCAUCUUCACCGUCAUGGAUAGAGGCAGUGCGGGGCUUGCGGCAUUCAAUCGCAUUGUCCCAGUGCCAAUGAGACUUCCCAGCGAGAAUCUUGAGAGCAAGAAGCCGUGGACAUUCUCGGAGUGA